CCCGGGUCUCUCGAGCCUGCUGCCUGCUCCCCCGCCCCACCAGCCAUGGUGGUUUCUGGAGCACCCCCAGCCCUGGGUGGGGGCUGUCUCGGCACCUUCACCUCCCUGCUGCUGCUGGCAUCCACAGCCAUCCUCAAUGCGGCCAGCAUACCUGGUCCCCCAGCCUGUGGGAAGCCCCAGCAGCUGAACCGGGUUGUGGGCGGCGAGGACAGCACUGACAGCGAGUGGCCCUGGGUCGUGAGCAUCCAGAAGAAUGGGACCCACCACUGCGCCGGCUCCCUGCUCACCAGCCGCUGGGUGAUCACUGCUGCCCACUGUUUCAAGGACAACCUGAACAAACCAUCCCUGUUCUCUGUGCUGCUGGGGGCCUGGCAGCUGGGGAACCCUGGCUCUCAGUCCCAGAAGGUGGGUGUUGCCUGGGUGCAGCCCCACCCUGUGUAUUCCUGGAAGGAGGGUGCCCGUGCGGACAUUGCCCUGGUGCGUCUCGAGCGCUCCAUACAGUUCUCAGAGCGUGUCCUGCCCAUCUGCCUACCUGAUGCCUCUGUCCACCUCCCUCCAAACACCCACUGCUGGAUCUCAGGCUGGGGGAGCAUCCAAGAUGGAGUGCCCUUGCCCCACCCUCAGACCCUGCAGAAGCUGAAGGUUCCUAUCAUCGACUCGGAAGUCUGCAGCCGCCUGUACUGGCGGGGCGCAGGACAGGGAGCCAUCACCGAGGACAUGCUGUGUGCCGGCUACUUGGAGGGGGAGAGGGAUGCUUGUCUGGGCGACUCUGGGGGCCCCCUCAUGUGCCAGGUGGACGGCUCCUGGCUGCUGGCCGGCAUCAUCAGCUGGGGCGAGGGCUGUGCCGAGCGCAACAGGCCCGGGGUCUACAUCAGCCUCUCUGCGCACCGCUCCUGGGUGGAGAAGAUCGUGCAAGGGGUGCAGCUCCGCGGGCGCGCUCAGGGGGUUGGGGCCCUCAGGGCACCGAGCCCGGGCUCUGGGGCCGCCGCGCGCUCCUAGGGUGCAGCGGAACGCGGGGCUCGGAUCUGAAAGGCGGCCAGAUCCAGAUCUGGAUCUGGAUCUGCGGCGGCCUCGGGCGGUUUCCCCCGCUGUAAAUAGGCUCAUCUACCUCUGGGGGCCCGGACGGCUGCUGCGGAAAGGAGACCCCUCCCCUACCCGCCCGACGGCCUCAGGCGCAGCCUCCAAGGCCUCAUGCCCCCCCCCCACGACUUCCGGCCCCGCCACCGGGCCCCAGCGCUUUUGUGUAUAUAAAUGUUAAUGAUUUUUAUAGCUAUUUGUAACCCUGCCCACAUAUCUUAUUUAUUCCUCUAAUUUCAAUAAAUUAUUUAUUCUCCA